AGGCCGCGGUGGCCGCUCUCAGGUUUCUCUCUGGUUGCACUAGCGAGCACUAGCCUACAAGCACCUACACAAGCAACGAAAAAGAAGAUAUAAAUCCCUGACACGCAAUCACAUAUGAAUAUAAACGAAUGUCAUUGGGAAUAAAAACCAAAUCUACAAAACAACUAAAAAGAUUGCAUUUGUCACGCAUGUGCAAGAAAAACAUAUACCAUCACUGAAGCAGUGUUGAACAGUGUUGGUCAGUGUUGGUUUAUGUGCCGAUGUGAAAAUAUGGCAAGUUCAUCACGGAAUGCAACAAACAAAAUUUGUUGUUAUGCACAUCCAGAUGCUACACUUAUAGAAGAUUACAGAGCAGGGGACCAGAUUUGUUCAGAAUGUGGAUUGGUUGUAGGGGAUAGAGUGAUAGAUGUAGGCUCAGAAUGGAGGACAUUUAGCAAUGAAAAAUCAGGAGUGGAUCCAUCACGUGUUGGUGGCCCAGAGAAUCCACUUUUAAAUGGCGCAGAUUUGUCUACAAUGAUUGGACCAGGAACAGGUGCCGCAUCUUUUGAUAGUUUUGGUACUGCUAAGUAUCAAAAUCGACGUACGAUGAGUAGUUCCGACAGAGCUUUACUCAAUGCGUUUCGUGAGAUCAACGGUAUGGCAGAUCGUAUCAAUUUACCGAAAACUAUUGUGGACAGAGCCAACACGUUGUUCAAACAAGUGCAUGAUGGCAAAAAUUUGAAGGGUCGCGCAAACGACGCAAUCGCUUCUGCGUGUUUAUACAUUGCCUGCCGACAAGAAGGCGUACCACGUACAUUCAAAGAGAUUUGUGCAGUCAGCAAGAUAAGCAAGAAAGAAAUCGGUCGAUGCUUUAAAUUGAUUCUCAAAGCUCUCGAAACCAGCGUAGAUCUCAUCACCACUGGUGAUUUCAUGUCCAGAUUCUGUUCUAACCUUGGCCUUCCCAAUAUGGUACAGAAAGCUGCCACACAUAUCGCUAGGAAAGCAGUGGAGAUCGACAUUGUACCUGGAAGAUCGCCCAUUUCUGUUGCUGCUGCAGCAAUUUACAUGGCAUCACAGGCAUCAGAAGAUAAGCGAUCGCAGAAGGAAAUUGGCGAUAUCGCCGGCGUCGCGGAUGUCACGAUCCGACAAUCGUAUAAAUUAAUGUAUCCACAUGCGAACAAACUCUUCCCAGAAGAUUUCAAAUUUGCCACACCGAUCGAUCAGUUACCACAGAUGUAAAAGGAAAGCUUCACUUUCUUCUUCCAAAAUCCCUUUGACCUUUUAAAUACUUGUUUUCCAUCACAAGUAUAACCGAUUAUGUGUAAUUUGAUUGUUUAUUAACAGGGUACAUUUCUGUAAAUAAUACGAUUCAAUUUUUUUUUUAUUUUAUGGCAAGUAGUGGCAUAUAUUAAUUUUUUUUCUUUUUUUUUUAAUUUAAUUCAGGAUCUAUUUUUCAAAGAUGUACUGGUGCUUAAAUGGAAUAGUUCAAUAUUUAUAUUCUACUUUAUAUUCUACUCUUAUGUUCUGUGGUAUAUGUAUAAAAAUUACCUUGUGCAGUACACACUUAUCCCAUGUAACAACUUUGUUUUUGGUUAUUUUCUUAUAUUUGUAAAAGUUCUUUAAAUUUAGUUACUGUACUUUAUGAGAAGAAUUAUAUUUAUAAUUAAAAAGAAACAUGCUUGAGAAAAAAUCUAUUCAGCACUGUUAAGCAUUGUUAUAGCAGAUAAGCCAACUAUUUUUUCAACUACAUUGUUAGAAAACAAAUUCUUAUAAGGUAGCCUUACGUUAUUUGAAAUAUGCGCGCGCACGCGUGCGUGUAGUGUUGUGUAAGAAUUUAUAGUUGAGACAAAUAAUUAUAUAAUUAACUCUAGUUAUAUAUUAAUUAUAUAAUGAUACAAUUUUUUAUAAAUUAUACUACAUUUUUAUGUGCAGACGCGCGCGCACACACGCGCGCGCGCGCAUAUACGUAUAUGCGUAAUUAAUAUUUAUAUUAUUGCUUAUAUUAACAUACAAAUGUAGUAUAGAUUUCUUAGGAGGCGUACGCAAGAGGGAGAGGAGGAUAGAGAACACUGUGCGUGCGCGCGCAUUCGUGCGUGCGUGUGUGCGUGAUACAUACAAAAUUCUGUUUUCAAUACAAAAUAAUUAUAUUCCCUCGAA